GUACAGUCUGUGCCUCAGAUCCCAAACACCGCUGACUGAGCGUCACUGUCGGGUUAUUUUGUUCCAUCUCCUCUCCUGUGGCUGACACUCCGACACUACUCUGCGAAGAUGUACCGAUGUGCUACAUUCGUUGUGUUUCUCGUCCUUGGAAUUGCGGUCCAGCUGUCAAACGGCACUGAGGUCAAUGUCAAAGACAAAGACAACAAUUUAUGCCUCUAUGCUAAAUUAAUGGUCAACUUCAGAGUCUCCUAUGAAGUCGCCGUCAAUGAGGUCUUAACAGCAGAGUUUGAACUCCCUGCCAGUGUCGCAUCAGAUGGAAGUACAUGUGAUAGCACAAGCUCAAUGUUUAAGCUUAAUUUUGGAGAAGGACACUCAUGGAGUGUAAACUUCACCAGAGAAGGAAAAAUCUACCAGGUAGACACCAUCACCUUUUCCUACAACCUCAGCGACGCAAGCAUCUUCCCUAACUCCACAUCAACCGAAACCACAACAAUCUAUGUGAAGCCUGAAAUCAAAGAUGUAGGAGUGGACACCUUCUACUCAUGCCAGAGUGAAGACACGUACGAAACUGAUUCGGUCCGUCAGACGCUGCGGAACGUGCUCAUACAGGCUUUUGUCAUUAACAACAGCACAAGUGAAAACAUUACUCUCUGUGCUGCCGAUGUACCAACAACUCCUGCUGCUCUCAUCGCUAUCGUCCUCCCCACUACCACCACUACCGUCCCCACCCCCACUACCACCACUACUGCUCCCACCACUACCGUCCCCCCCACUACCACCACUACUGCUCCCACCACUACCGUCCCCCCCACUACCACCACCGAGGCUCCCGUCACCAAUUCUACCACCACCGAUGCUCCCGUCACCAAUUCUACCACCACCGAUGCUCCCGUCACCAAUUCCACUACCACUGCUCCUCCUCCGACACCCACCCCGACCCCCACCCUCCCUGCACCCACCACUGGGAAGUACAAGCUCCAGCCUGAUGUCAACAGCACGGCCUGCCUGCUGGCCGACUUUGGCCUGCGGUUUAAAAUCAAAGAUGAAGAGAUGAACUUUGAGCCUAAUGGGACCGCAGUCACUGGAAAAUGUGAGAUGAACAGCAGUGAGCUGGUGUUGACGUCCAGCACAGUAACCAUCAAGUUCACUUUCACCAAUGAUACCAAGAAAUUCCGCCUUCAUGCUCUGAACGUCACAGGAAAGACAAGCUCCGGUGUGGAGUUUUCUACCGCCAACACUAACCUGACUCUGUGGGAGGCGACCAUCGGCAGCUCCUACAUGUGUAACAAGGAGCAGAACUACACCAUCAACGCUGAUCUCAGCAUCUACACCUUCGAACUCAGAGUGCAGCCCCUUGCAGUAGAGAAGGGCAUCUUCAGCACAGCUCAUGAAUGUUCAUUGGAUGACACCAGCAUCCUAAUCCCAAUCAUUGUUGGCGCUGCUCUGGCCGGCUUGAUUCUCAUUGUUGUGAUCGCUUACAUGAUUGGUCGAAGAAAGACUUAUGUUGGAUAUCAGACCCUAUAAAUCCAGAUUGCAAUCAAAAUCACGGGGUUCCCAAGCCUGGUCCUUGGGGUUCAUGUGCAAUUGUUGAAUUGGCAAAUAACGAUCAAAGAAAUCCAAAACUAAAGUCUCAGCUUGGAUAACAUUAGAUGCAGUAUUGAAGUUAUUGGUCGUUAUGACACUUGAAAUGCAAAUGGGUAUAUUUUUUAAUUGCAGUAUCCUAAUCGGUCUUUAAUACUAGAAUCCGGACUGAGAUAAAAAUGGAGCGUUUGGUGUUUUUCUCAAGGACCAAGCUUGUCUACCCCAAAUGUUCUUUUUUGUUUUCAAGAUGUUUUGUCUUUCCUUUUUUGUUGUGUUGUUUUGUUAUUGAGCAAGUGCAAAAUCCACAAACCUUUAGCUACAUUUCAUAGUCAAAUCCAACACAAUAUACAAAAUAUAAAGCUCCUAUACUGGUACAGUGCUACAUUUCAAAUAGUCCCUGCACAUUAAUUUUAACGCAUUCUCCAGAUGCAUGAGAACGUUUCAAAUGAGGAUUCUGCCCUUGCUCUACAGGCAUUCCCUUUUUGAUUUCAUUUGUCAUUAUUUAAUCUUUGUGCACAUUUUUUGUUUUUACUUCCGUUAUGGUUCGAUGUUUCAUCCCCAUGUUUAUUUACAUAAGACAUAAAAGAACGUUCAUUUUCAACAUUUCAUUCACAAAUUAAAGAAAGAUGGUCGAUCAGCUUUUCUUUCUCUGUUCCCAGAAACUCCUUCAGAGGGAUGAAGGUCUAGUCUAUUUUCAAAGUAGUCAAGGGAAAUGUAGCCCAUGUUUUCCCCUGUAGAGCAGGAGGAACUUUGGAUUGUCCUGAUUAUGUUGCUACAAUCAUCAGAUGGUCAAAUUAAAGUGUUUGUUGAUUAAAUCUAAAUUGACCUUUUUGAAUGGAGGACAUUUUGGUUUCCAAGGUGGCACUAAUGACCCUAACGAUGGCUCAUUGGCAUUAAAGUGCAUAGACAGGUCAUCGUUUGUGGUAUUAAUUACACCUGUGCUUUUCCUGCUGUAUCAAACAUGUUUUCAGAGGUCUCUUAAAUUUGCACACGCUCCAGUCAGAGAAUAGAAAGCGCACUUGUUUUAUUUUCUUACAGAAUACAUUUUGGCAUUAGGUUUAGAAAAGGGAAAGUUUGUUGUGUAGAUAUUCCCCAUCAUGAAGAUAUCUACAUUUAAAUGCACUAAAGCGCUCUUUACUUUUUUGCAUUAUGUUGUGACAUUAUCUAAUCUGUGUAUAGAUUUGAGGGCUGCCGCUGGAUCAGGGCGACGUUAAAAACCCCUGAAGACAUUGAUUUGAAUCUUGAGCAUUCCUCUGUAACGUUGAAUGUUCAUGACUGAACAAAUACCGUUCAAACAAAAUGUCCUAAAGUUUUAUUCAUGAGUAGUUUAUUACAAUAGUUUGAUAUUUUCUUAAAUAUGUUCUUGCUUUCAGAGAGUUAGAUUACAAUAAUUGCACCGUCUGUAUUCAAUAUGUAGCAGGAGACGGUUAGCUUAGCACAAAGAGAUGAAACAGUUCAGAAGAGCUAGCCUGGUUCUGUCCAGAGGAAGCUACUAAAAAGUCACUCAGAAAGCACAUCACUUCUACCAAAGCCGCUCCCUUUAGUGAAAAUGAAUGCGUGUUUCCAAAAAAAGUAAUAGUUUGUUCCUUGGCCAACGCUGCAUGUUCCUACCGAGUCACAGGCCAGUCGUUUUUUCUGUGAAAGAUAAUUUAACCAAUCUGAGAAACAGAAUUUUGGUGAAGGUAAACCUGCCUACUGGAACAUCUAAAGCUUACUUUUUAUGUAUUAAAAUGUUUAUUAAGAGUGGCAUUGACCCUCUCAUCUAACUCCCUGUACAAAAGCACAAAGGGUAUUUCCCAAAAUGUCAAACUAUUCCUUAAAAUGUUGUUCUUAUCCAAUCCAUCAUCUCUUGGUGCGGUUUGAUCCGAGAAAAAACAAGCCCUCAUUUGUCAAAAAAAAAAAGGAUUAAAGAACCACUGAAGUAUGUGAUGUGAUCUCAUGUCAAAUAGACACAAAGCGUUGGCAUCGUGUUUCAUGUAGUCCCUCGUAGAAAGAAGCUGAGAGCAGGUUUUCAGGCGCUUGAAGGUGAGGGAAUGAGUGCAGAGUGCAGUGAUGCAGAAUCAGGGACAGAGGAAAGCCCCAGAAUGUGUGUUUCUUUAAUAAUAGAAAGCCAAGGUUACACAUGGCAUUAGCUGUGUGUUGUUGCUUAAUUCUAGCAUCUAGUGUUGUGUACUGUUGGCUUUGUCCCAGCUCUUCAGAACUGGAGCAGAGCAGACGGUGAACCGCACUGAAUACGAGUUUUUCUUUUUAAAGUUGCUUCCAAGUGAUUGUACAUGUGUACGAGGAAUCGCUCCUAAUCAGAUAUGAGCUUUCAUUUUUGCUUGUGAUUGUCUUGAUGUAUUUCAGCUUUGUAUGAACUCAGUUGCCUUAAUUACAAAGAUGGUUUUGCAGCAAUGGUAUAAAUGUCAAACUGUUUCUCAAGGUUAGUCUCUCUUGUUCUUAAUAGCAGAUUCAUUAUAAUUAUAGCUGUGCCUUGCUCAGUGAUAGCUUUCUGUUUUGUUCAUUCAGUUACUCAAACUAUAUAUAUAUACAUAUAUAUUUUUGGCUUCACCAGUGGAGUACAUUGUUCAGUAAAAGGGAAUUUGUGCUGCAAGACCAUCUUGUUUAAGAUCAAUUCAUGUGUUUUUGUGGAUACAUUUCAUCUCCAUUCUCUCACACUGUUACAGAUAUAAUUCAUUGUAUUUCAAAUUGUGUGUCAGACUGAAGUGAAGCUUUUUAGUCUUUUAAGUUUCAAGGAAAUAAAAGUGUUGCUGCCCUGGA